AUGGUCGCUACUAAAGUCGCCGGGCUGGAAGCCCUGGACAUGGAGCUGCAGCAGGUCGGCCAAAAUGUCCCUGAGAGCCACACGGCGGGAACUGCAUUGGAUAAUAGUGAUAUGCAUCGGAUGGGAAAGGUUCAAGAACUAAAGAGAAACUUGCGACCCAUUGCUGCACUCAGCUUUGCUUCUGUUUUGCAAGCGACAUGGGAGUUUAUUUUAAUCUCCAACUCAGAGGGAUUAUCAAAUGGAGGACUCCCUGGCAUGUUCUGGUCCUACUUAUGGACCUUUAUCGGCUUUGGAUUCAUCAUUGCCUCAUUGUCUGAAAUGGCCUCAAUGGCCCCGACUUCCGGAGGACAGUACCAUUGGGUCUCGGAAUUUUCCUCGCCGCGGCAUCAGAAGUUCCUGAGCUAUAUCACAGGCUGGAUGUCUGUCCUAGCAUGGCAAGCUGGCGCAGCUUCUGGGUCCUUCCUAACUGGAACCAUCAUCCAAGGGCUGAUCAGUGUCCGAGAUCCAAGCUAUGAGCCCCAAGGCUGGCAAGGCACCCUUUUUGUCUUUGCCAUGGUCUUGGUCAUAUACAUUUUCAAUGUGUACGGGGCUGAUGUGAUGCCGGUUCUGAGUAAUUUGUUGAUGAUCCUCCAUGUUUUGUCAUGGGCUGUGAUACUGAUUGUUCUUUGGGCUAUGGCUCCUCGACAAUCCGCGGAAGCGGUGUUUGUCACCGGGUGGAAGAAUAUGGGCGGUUGGUCGACCAUGGGAUUGAGCGUUAUGAUAGGACAGAUCUCGGCGAUCUACGGUUCCUUGAGCUCUGAUGCCUGUGCACACAUGUCGGAAGAGGUCAAGGAUGCUGCUCGAUAUGUGCCUAUUGCUAUUGCUUGGGGCUACUUCAGCAAUGGCAUCAUGGCCACAAUCCUGCUAAUUACUUACCUCUUCGCUAUUCCCUCCGUGGAGGAUGCAUUGAAUGACGUUACCGGGUUUCCGUUCCUGUACGUUUUCAAAAACGCAACAUCUACAGCGGGAGUGAAUGGUUUGACGGCAAUUACAUUGUUACCGGUCAUCUUCAGCAACAUUCUAUUCAAUGCAUCUACCUCCCGCCAGACUUUCGCGUUCGCUCGAGAUAAUGGUCUCCCAUUCUCUCGCUGGAUCGGUAAGGUUGACGCCAAACGAAAGAUUCCUGUGAAUGCCAUUGCUUUAUCCUGCAUUAUCAGCUGUGCCCUUUCUCUCAUUAACAUCGGGUCCGACACCGCAUUCAAUGCUAUCAUUUCCGUCAAUGUCGCUGCAUUGAUGUAUACAUACAUCAUCUCCAUCAGUUGCGUUAUCUAUCGAAAGAUCUGGCACCCGGAGACACUUCCAAUUCGUCGCUGGGAUAUGGGACGAUGGGGUUUGCCUGUUAACAUCAUCGCUCUUUUGUAUUCUCUGUUUGCCCUCUUCUGGUCAUUUUGGCCGGGAGAUGUCGAUGUCACUCCGGAUAAUUUCAACUGGAGCGUGGUCAUCUUUGGUGCUGUUUUUAUACUGAGUUUGGGAAUGUACAUUGUCAAAGGGCGAAAGGAAUAUGUUGGUCCUGCAGCUAUUGUGGAAAAGCAUGAGGACUAG